UCUCGACCAUGGGCAAGUACGUGUGCUGGGUCACGAAGGAGCACCUCGAAGCGACGCUCGGCGCCACCCUCGAUCGCGCACGCCUCAACCUCGCCCGUCAGACAGGCUAUGCCAUCCACGCAGGUGAUGCGGCCAUGGCGACCGUCGUCGACGAGUUCCAUGACACUUUCUCCGCGGCCAUGCACGAGCUCAUCGAGGCCAGCGGCGAGGCCAUGCACCUCCGCGGCGAUUCCAUGAUGCGUCUCAGCGAUGUACUCAGCGCGAGCCGCGCCCGAGGUGCCAAGAUUUACGGCUUCGACGAUGCGACGGACGACACGUCGCGCGCUGCUCGGCUGGACCCGACCGAAGACGUCGAUAUGGUGGACACGACUGAAGAGCCAUCGAGUGACGCUCACGAUGCUAUUCUGUACGAACGGGCGACGUCCGAGAGCAGCUCAUCGGACGACUCGGACGAUGAUUCGUGCAGCUGGAAAGGCAGCAGUGGUGAAGACGGCGCGUCGUUUGGCGAAGGCGAGGAGUCGGACGUCGAGACGGGUGCUGAUUCAGCGAGUGCCCCAUCGGUCGUGUCGCCCACAAGUUUGUACUGGCUGCCACGGCGGCUGAUUCUGCGCUUAUACCGCGAUACGUGCGCUGAGAUCCACAUGACGGCGUACCCGAUCACGCGCAAGGCGCUGAGCGCACUGCACAACCUCUUGGAAGGCGACCUUGAACGCCUUCUCGCGAAGCAUCUGUACACGCUCGCCGAGCUUGAGCAAACUGCGUAUGUGGCUCGUAUCGAACAAGAGCUCCAAGAGGCCAAGGAAGAAAUUCGCAUGACGACGCCCAAGCUGCUUCGUCGCAGCAAGCGCCGCCUCAGCGGUGGCGACGUGGUCGGUCAUAUGGCGACGGAGGCCCAGCGACGCAAGUCGCCACGCCGCGCAAAGGAGAACACGACGCCGCUGCGCAACAAGCUGAGCCUGAUGCACGUUGGGCGCCAGGUUAUGAUUUCCCCAUAGUUUUAUAGCAACCCAGUAUGUAAUUUUCAUUGUACCAUCAGC